AUGUUUGCAAAAGUUCCUAAAGUUACUUUGAAUAAUGGAUUUCAAAUGCCUUUUAUCGGAUUAGGCACUUACGCGAGAAAAGCUGAACCUUUGGAAUUUCAACGAGCAGUGGAAUGGGGCAUAGACGUUGGUUACAGACAUAUAGAUACUGCAACAAUGUAUAAAAAUGAAAAAGAAGUUGGAUCGGUGAUUUCCAAUAAAAUUAAAGAAGGAUUAGUUAAAAGGGAGGAUUUGUUUAUUACUACAAAGAUUUUAAAUGAUAAACAUGCUGAAAAAGAUGUCGUACCGGCAUUGAAGCAAUCACUAGAAGAUAUGAAGUUGGACUAUGUUGACUUAUAUUUAGUUCAUUGGCCAGUGUCUGUUAAUUCCAAUGGUGAAGAUAUGAAAAUAGAUUAUAUUGAAACAUGGAGAGGUAUGGAAGAGACGGUGAAGCUCGGUCUGGCAAAGUCCAUUGGGGUGUCCAAUUUUAAUGAAGAACAGUUAGAAAGGUUAUUGAAAUAUGCAAAAAUUAAACCUGUGGUUAAUCAAAUUGAGAUAAACCCAACUCUCACUCAACAUAAAUUAGUUGAUUUUUGCAAGGAAAGAUCAAUAAUACCAGUAGCGUACACACCGUUGGGUCUCUUGUCUGAGGCCAGGCCGGAGUUCAACGGCAAAGAUGUUAUCAAAACAGACCCUAAAUUGGGUCAAAUAGCUGAAAAAUAUGGCAAAAGUAAAGCUCAAAUAGCUUUGAGAUAUUUGAUUCAACGUGGUAUACCAGUGCUACCGAAAUCCUUCACAAAGUCUCGUAUAGAAGAGAAUAUAAAUAUAUUUGACUUUGAACUAAGUAAAGAAGAUAUGGAUAUUGUGGAUAGUUAUAAUUUAAACCAUCGUUGUGUUCCGGGACGGGGUUUGGAGAAACUUACCUAUUAUCCAUAU